CGGUCAGGGUUGUUUCUUUCUGCUGGUAUGCUGCUGUGGGUGACUCAGGAGAGGGUAUUAAGACCUGUGGUAAUGCCUCCACGCCCCUCAGUGAGCCGGCGUGUCUGACCAGGUCCCAGCACAGGACUCCAGAAUGCCCAAGAAUAGGAGACGGAGCCUUUUCCCCAACUACAAAGUGGGGGGGACAGGCCCCACAUACAAGGACCCAGAGGAGGACUACAAUGUUCCCCUCACCCAGAACAACUUGGUGAAACAAUGGAACUCCAUGCAAGAGCUCAGAGGAGACAUCUACGACAUCUAUGCAGAGUACGAAAACGAGGAAGAUGUUGUAAUGGCCUCCCCAACAAGAGGUCUUUCCUCUCUUGUGAAGAACUACAUGCUGAACAUCAACGUAGGUGGGAAGGAGUAUCAGAUCUCAUACAGGGUUGCUGCCAAGUAUCCCAAGACCAGGAUCGGCCGCCUGGCGACAUGCACAGACCACAACAGAAAGCUGGACCUGUGUGAUGACUAUGUUGUCCAAAACAACGAGUUUUUCUUCGACAGGGACCCGGACAUCUUCCACAGCAUCUUCAACUUCUACCGGACGGGCGUCCUCUGGAUCAAGGACGAGCUGUGUCCCAGGAACUUCCUGGAGGAGAUCAACUAUUGGGGUGUCAGGAUCAAGAACACACACCGCUGCUGCCGCAUCUCCUUUGAGGAGCGCCAGGAUGAACUCAAUGAGCAGCUGAAGAUCCAGCGGGAGCUGGAGGCCGAGGUGGAGAUGGAAGAGAAUGAGGACCUGUUCCACGGCAUGGCGUUUGGCCAGACGCGCUGGAUCAUCUGGAACCUGAUGGAGAAGCCCUUCUCCUCCGUCACCGCCAAGCUCAUGGCUCUGGCUUCCAGCUUCUUCGUGCUGGUGUCCCUGGUGGCCAUGACGCUGAACACGGUGGAGGAGAUACAGUACAACACCCCCACGGGACAGCUGAGCGGGAAGACCUACGGGGAGCAUGUGGAAACCUUCUGCAUCGCUUUCUUCACCAUGGAGUACCUGCUGCGUCUGGUGUCCACACCGGACCUGCGACGCUUCGGGAAAAGCGUGCUGAACGGGGUGGACCUGAUUGCCAUCUUUCCCCUCUACCUGCAGCUGGUGCUGGAGUGCUUCGAGAACGACGACUACGGGAAGCACCAAGACAUCGAGACGGUGGGCCGGGUGGGCAAAUUGGGCCAGGUGCUGAGAAUCAUGCGUUUGAUGAGGAUCUUCCGUAUCUUGAAACUGGCACGCCACUCUACGGGGCUGAGAGCAUUCGGCUUCACGCUGCGCCAGUGCUACCAGCAGGUGGGCUGCCUAUUCCUUUUCAUCGCCAUGGGAAUCCUCACCUUCUCUGCCAUGGUGUACACAGUGGAGCAUGAUGUCCAUCAGACCAACUUCACAAGCAUCCCUCACGCAUGGUGGUGGGCAGCUGUGAGCAUCUCUACUGUGGGCUAUGGAGACAUGUUUCCAGAGACCAUCCUGGGCCGGCUGUUUGCCUUCGCCUGCAUCUCCUUUGGGAUCAUUCUGAACGGCAUGCCCAUCUCCAUCCUGUACAACAAGUUCUCAGACUACUACACCAAGCUGAAGUCUUAUGAGUACAGCUCCACACUGAAGGCUCGGGGCAAGGUCAGGUUCGCCAAGAGGGCGGCCAGGAAGUUUACCAAAUGCUGUGACGAUGCAGUCCAUAAACACACUGGUGAAUGUUCUCAGAGCUCUAUGGGAGACUUUCCAUUCAAUUAACAGAUCUGCUGUGACAGCAUGAAAUUAUUUCUACCAAGUGGGGUUCCAAGGGAGCUGGAGUUACUAUGUAUCUCUAGUCCCGUAAAGCUGCCUCUAAACUGCAUCCUUUAUCCUGAUCUUGUCCAUAUUCUGAUUGUGCCCACAUUUUCCGUGUAGACGAUUAAAAUAUGCAAUGUGAUCCGAUUGUCAUCAGAUCUUCCUGACUACCUCCUGAGGUAGUCAGGCAAGCUUACAAGUGUAGACCGAUAUGGACAAUGAAAACAUUUAAAUCGUCAUUAUGAAAGAAUAGCGGUCAAAUAAUUGACAUACAGAGGGGGACCAAGAAAUCUGGUCACAAUGCAGACACAGUGGAUGGAUGAGAGACAUUAAAACCAUGUGUAGACACAUUUCUGAAAGUGUGAGCACAAAUAGAAUAGUGCUCCCACGGAGUGGAGGGCAACCUUGCAUUGUAGCAGAAAAUACUGCAGACAAAGAAAUAUCAUGUACGUUAUCAAUUCUUAAUGUGUUUUCCCUUUACCAUGUUAAAACUCUCCUUCAGUUACAUUUGAGGUUUAGAAACAAUUCAUUCCUACAGAAGAAACCACGCCAUUCCCUUCCAAUCAAAUCACUACCGUACCCGACCUCCCUCCGGGGCUGGUGGGGGCGGUCUGAAAUAAGAAAUGCUGGAUGAAUCUACAGACAGGUUAAAUACUCAGCCCCUCCCCCCUUGUAUGGGAAUCUGUGUAAGAUUGGAUCUUCCCAAUGCCGAUUUCUUUACAUGGAACAGCUUGCAAUGUUUCUGCUCUAGCUAGAACAUAAAAAAAAUAAAAAUAGGUCACAGUGAUCUUGAAUGUUCUUUAUGCAUAUUUGGAAAACCUCACAAGUACUCUCCAAAGAUUGUCUAUUAUAUUGACAAGAUAGUCAAGUGACCGCUCUAACAAUGGAAAUACAUUUCCUCAAAGACAGAAGGCAGGAGAGGCGAGAUCAGGUGGGACCAUUCUAGCCAAUGAGAGGGUAGAUGUGUGUGAAUAGGCUCUAGACUCAUCUUCGUGUCUGUGACAGACCGUAUGAGCAGCACCAGAGGCCAUCUCCAUUUUAAAGUAGUAAUUUCUUCAUUGGCUGAUUGCUCCCAACGCAUAGGAUUCCCCAACCGUUUGACUUUAAAAUGGUGGAAUCCCUCAAUGUCCAUGCUAAAACGGGUUAUAGCUAGGAGUCCUCUCUAUGACAACACGCACAACUCCUAUAGUGUUUGAUUUUUUGCCGAAAUGCCACAUGUCCACUUAUAUCAGUACAUUCAUUCAUCAUAACCUAACCACUACGAAACUUAUUUUAGAGCAAAUUAGCAAGUACACUUUUAUGACUGAAUUUGACCACUAUACAAAAAUUCCUCACUUUGUGCGCUUAUUUUCAUGGACAGAUUUUGGGCAGAGAAAAACCUCUCGCUUCUCCUCUGUUGUCAUUCACAAUGUUCACCAGCCACCCAUACAUUGCUAAUGUAUUUCCAUUUAGCAGAAAGCUGACUUUUUGCUAAAGAGAAAGAUCAAAAUAACAUGACAGCACAGCUCUCAGGUGUUUUUGAUUGCCUAACGGCCAAAUUGUCUCCACGGGACAGAAUCCUCAGAAGUAGCGCAAGUCAGACUGACUACUACAAUGUGACUAAAAUCUCCCGAAUAGCGGCCACACAUGCAGCCACUAAUAAUCCUCUAAACUGAUGAGAAGAAUGCUGGGUCUUGAAGGAAAAAGCUGUUUCUCGGCUGACUGGGUC